CACUCACUCCCCUCCCUCCACAGGGUGUGUGUCCCAACUGGCCAACCCAAGUACACCUCUCCAGUCUCCAACCUUUCAGCUCACCUCUCCUCUGCUCUCGUCUUCUGCUCCUACCUCGCUAGCCAACUACAUCUCCUCACAAUCAUAAUCAAAGUGCGCGAUCGAUGUGCACUACCACAUCUGCACCGUCCGUGCCGGAGGUGGCGACUCCGGCAGACGGCGGUGGUCACCACGUCUACGUGUCGCUGCCUCAGUGCACGGACGGCGGUGAUGUGGAAGGCGGGCAUUGUCGCCCCGUCGUCCACCAGGUCAAGUGUCGUGGCGGCGACGACGACGGUGGUGGAGGAGGAAGAGGGGGAGGUGUGGUCAUGCCGGCGGCUGGGGAGACGGUGCGGGAGGCGGCGGCGCUGUGCCGGCUGGCGUGCCCGAUCGCGCUGACGGCGCUGAUGCUCUACUCGCGGUCGGCGCUGUCGAUGCUGUUCCUCGGCUCCCUCGGCGACCUCCCGCUGGCGGCGGGCUCGCUCGCCGUCGCGUUCGCCAACAUCACCGGCUACUCGGUGCUCUCCGGCUUGUCGCUCGGCAUGGACCCGCUCUGCUCCCAGGCGUUCGGCGCGCGGCAGCCGCGCCUGCUCGGCCUCACGCUCUACCGCUCCGUCCUCUUCCUCCUCUGCUGCUCCCUCCCGCUCUCCGCGCUCUGGCUCAACAUGGCCAAGAUCCUCCUCUUCCUCGGCCAGGACCGCGACAUCACCGCCAUGGCGCAGGACUACCUCCUCUUCUCCCUCCCCGACCUCUUCUCCUUCUCCCUGAUACAUCCGUUACGGGUGUACCUCCGCUCGCAAGGGAUCACCCAGCCGCUCGCCGUCGCCGCGGCCGCCGCCGUGGUGUUCCACGUGCCGGCGAACUACGUGCUCGUGGGGCGCCUCCGGCUCGGCGCCCCCGGCGUGGCGGCCGCGGCGUCGGCGUCCAACUUCGUCCUCCUCGCCGUCCUGCUCGCGUACGUCGCGCGGCGGGACGAGGCGCUGAGGGAGGCGGGGGGUCCCACGGCGGAGUGGCUCGCCGGAUGGGGCCCGCUCGCGCGGCUCGCCGCGCCGAGCUGCGUGUCGGUGUGCCUCGAGUGGUGGUGGUACGAGGUGAUGAUCCUGCUGUGCGGCCUCCUGCCGGAGCCGAGGCCGGCGGUGGCGUCGAUGGGGGUGCUCAUGCAGACGACGGCGCUGGUGUACGUGUUCCCGUCGUCGCUGGGGUUCGGCGUGUCGACGCGGGUGGGGAACGAGCUGGGCGCGAACCGCCCCGGGCGCGCGCGCGCCGCGGCGCACGUGGCCGUGGCGGGGGCCGCCGCGAUGGGGCUCGCCGCCAUGGCGUUCGCGACGGGGAUGCGGCACGCGUGGGGGCGGCUGUUCACCGCCGACGCCGACAUCCUCCGCCUCACCGCGGCGGCGCUCCCCGUCGUGGGCCUCUGCGAGCUCGGCAACUGCCCGCAGACCGUCGGCUGCGGCGUGCUCCGCGGGACCGCGCGGCCGGCGCGCGCCGCGCACGUCAACCUCGGCGCGUUCUACCUCGUCGGCAUGCCGGUGGCGGUGGUGCUCGCGUUCGGCCUCGGCGUGGGGUUCGUCGGCCUCUGGGUGGGGCUCCUCGCCGCCCAGGUGUGCUGCGCCGGCCUCAUGCUCUGCGUCGUCGGCUCCACCGACUGGGAGGCGCAGGCGCGCCGCGCCCAGGCGCUGACGUCAUCGGCCGCCGUCUCCGGCAAGGCCGACGCGGCGGAGGGAGGCGGGAGAUGGCCGGAGAAAGGGGAGCAUCAGGAGUGGGAGAAGAGGCGGCACGUGGCGUUGAUCUCGAGCGAGGAGGCCGAUCCCGAGACGGCCGAGGUGCUUUGAGAUUGGUGAAAAAGACACGUAGCCCGUCGUAAUUUUUUUCCACUGUUUUUUACCUCUGAUUAAUUAAUUGGACAGUUGGACUACCUGAGUCCAAACUGCAACUAAGAAUUGCUAAUACAAAACCAUCUCUCCUUUCUCAUCUCAUUGUGUAUUAUCAAUGCUAUUAAUUCAGUCUGCAGCUCCACCAAA